CAUCAAAAUAACCUAGAUUCUCUCGCAUGAUCUGGGAAACAAUCUCUCAGUCGAUCGCGGUCUGAUUUGCGCCUGCAUCGGCAAGCGACCAUGGCCGAUGCAAUAGAGGUUCCUGGGGAGACCAAUCCUCUCACUGCCCAAAAUCUACUCAACUGCCUUUUAGCUGCGGCUAGUUCAGUUCAACAGCAAGUUCAGAUUGGUGCUCAGCAACUGCAACACUGGGAGAAGCAAGUGGGCUUCUACCCUCUACUUCAGGAGGCUUACCUGGAUCACUCCCUCCCCCUGGAGAUUCGAUACUUGGCCAUCAUCCAGUUGAAGAAUGGUAUCGACAGAUACUGGAGAAAGACAGCUACCAACGCGAUCAAGAAAGAAGACAAGGAACAGAUCAAAAGCAGGGCUCUUGAGGCAGGCAUCGUGGAACCGGCACCUCUGUUGGCUCUCCAUAAUGCCUUGGUGAUUGCCAAAAUCCUUCGUUAUGAAUUCCCCAGCGACGAAUGGCCCAAUGCCCUUCCAUUCCUCAUUUCCACGCUACGUUCGUCCGCACAACCCGGCGCACCUCCCUUACAAUUUCCGCGAACUCUCAUAAUAUUACUACAAAUCAUCAAGGAGCUUUCCACAGCUCGUAUGCAGAGGGUCCGAGCCAGCUUACAAUCAGCAUCACCCGAGAUAUUCCAAUUAUUGGGUGGUAUAUACGUUGAAAAGGUCAACGCUUGGAGUGCGCUUCUGGAAUACAAUCGACUGGACGACGCUUCGUUACUAGAGCUACUCGAACAGACCUUGAUAUCCCUUAAAGUCAUACGACGACUUAUCAUCGCUGGCUUCGAGCAUCCUCAUCGCGAUAAAGACGUUCAAGGGUUCUGGACACUUAGCCACACACAAUUCGCAAACUUCUUUGGGUUUUCAGAGACUAUGACAAACCCACCACGAGUUAACACAUUGAUCAAGAAACAUCUGCUGCAAUUCUCGAAAUUGCAUGUUGAAAUGGCCAAGGUUCACCCGGCAGCUUUUGCACUUCUUCCAGAUUGCGUGGCGCUUGUUAAGUCCUACUGGACUGUUGUUUCUCGGCUCGGAGAAGUAUACGACGCCGAACGCGCCUCACAAAGCCGACAGGAAAAGGACGCAGACGAAGGAGAUGAGAAAAAUGUCAUCGAGACUCUUGGCCUGAAGGCGCUGUUGCUUAUUCGAGCAUGUGCCAAGAUGGCAUUCAACCCAGUGCACAGCUUCAAGUACCAGCAGGCCCAGGAUAAAGAGGAAAGGAAAGACUCCGUGGAGCUGAUUAAGUCUCAACUUUUUACCCAAGACUUUGUCAUCAUGAUCAUGGAGCUCAUUGUUUCAAAGUUCUUGAGACUUCGCAAGGUGGACUUUCAAGAAUGGGAAGAAGAGCCUGAAGAGUGGGAGAGGAAAGAGGACACCAUGUCUGAAGCCUGGGAGUUUUCUGUUCGACCCUGUUCAGAAAAGCUCUUUUUAGAUCUAAUUAUUCACUUCAAGCCUCUGUUGGUUCCGCAGCUGCUCAACGUCUUCUAUAAUUUCGCAAACCCCCAAAAUCAGGAUAUCCUAAUGAAGGACUCACUUUAUUCAGCCAUUGGACUGGCUGCAGCGAGUUUGGAGCAGCAGUUGGAUUUUAAUGCCUUUAUAGAAAGUGCAUUGGUCCCAGAAGUGCAGAUCAACGAACAAGGGUACAAGGUUUUGCGGCGAAGAGCUGCCAUUGUCAUAGGGCAAUGGAUGCCAAUUCAGCCUGAAAAGAUGAAUAGGCAAUACGUGUAUCAGAUUUUCCAGCAUCUAUUCAACAAAGCAGAUCCCGUGAACGACCUCCCUGUUCGCAUUACCGCAGGUCGACAGCUAAAAAAUGUGCUCGAUCCCUACGAAUUUUCUCCUCAAGAAUUCCUACCAUAUGCGACGCCAAUUCUUCAGAACCUCCUUACUUUGAUUCAAGAAGUUGAGCUUUCGGAAACAAAGAUGGCAUUGCUGGAAACAGUACGGACGGCCGUGGUGAAAAUGGAAGACCACAUAUUGCCAUUUUCUGAUCAAAUAAUGUCACUUUUGCCUCCUCUCUGGGAGCAAUCGGGUGAGGAACACCUCAUGAAACAGGCCAUCCUUACUCUUCUUUCGUCCUUGAUGAAUGCGCUCAAAAGUGACUCCGUCAAAUAUCACAAAGAUAUGCUUCCACUUAUACAGAACUCGAUAGAACCUGAUUCGGAAACUAUCGUGUAUCUAUUAGAUGAAGCACUCGAGCUUUGGGCGGCAAUAUUGACGCAAACCCCAGCUCCAGCAUCUUCAGAUAUUAUCUCACUGUUUCCCCGAUUACUCCCCAUAUUCGAAGCAGCUACAGAUAGCGCACCAUUGGCGCUCCAGAUUGCCGAGAGUUACAUACUCUUAUGUCCUCGAGAAGUGCUCCAUGAUGAGAUACGCGUGCCCUUCCUGGCAUCUUUGGAAACACUACUUUCGGCAGUCCAGCGUCAACGUCUUGGGGUGAUUCCUCAUCUCGCAGAAAUGCUUAUCCGUGCGACUGAGCACAUAGACGGCGGUAGCGAGAAUUCGUACAAUGUCAUCGCCAAGUCUCUUCUUGACAGCUCGUUCUUGCAUGCUAUUUUAGAUGGUCUCCAUUCUGCCUAUGAAGCCAGUCAAUCCACGGGACCAAACAGGAAGACAUCACAUAUCUACGCCAAUCUCGAGACGGAUUACUUCAGUGUUCUAGCAAGACUGGCGCUAGCCAACCCAAGGGUAUUCCUAUCAGCCAUAUCAGCUGCAAUCUCGACAUCUGAAGAACAAGUACUCUCCUGGCUCCUAACGGAAUGGUUCUUUCACUACGACAACAUCGCGCUCGUAACACAAAAGAAAUUACACGUUCUCGCACUCACGCAACUCCUAGCAAUGAACGCGACGCAAGCACCUCCACCAACCUAUCUUCUCAACCAUCUCCAAUCCUACCUCACCGUCUGGACCGACGUCGUCACCGAACUAGCAGAAGGUUCCGAUGAGCUCUCAGCCUUGAACAAUAGAGACCCGCACGCAGCAAGGGACUACCUAAUCUACUGGAAUCCAAACUCGAACACGACAGACGUCACCAAUAAUAAAAAUGAACCACCCGAAAACGCACGACGCAGGCAAUGGGAAAAUUCCGACCCGGUUCAUUCCUUCAAUAUCCGUCAAUUCAUUCAAGAGCGUUUACAGGCCGUUAUGCAUGCGUGUGGUGGCGUACAGCGGUUUCAUGAGGAGUGGCUGGUGAAUGUUGAUAGGGAUGUGGUGAAUGCGUUUGGAUCAUUGGGAAUUCUCUGAUUCUACGUAUACAUAUGACGGUCGACGUUAUCUACUUACAUUGCAUACAUUA